AGUGGCAGAAUAAGAGCUUUGGAGAGGAAUAAGCUCACCAAGAAGACUUUAGAACUGGCACAGCAGUACUUCUUGCCCCCGUAUGCUUUCCAGAUCCGAGUUGGUGCUCUGUACCUUUUGUAUGGACUCUAUAGUACACAGCUUUGCCAGCCGAAACAAAAGAUCAGAAUCGCACUCAAGGAUUGGCCUGAAAUCCAGAGAUUUCAACAGGAACUGGUAGAUGCCCAGCACUAUGAUGCAGCGUACGUCUUUAGGACACUGCGGCUUGCCAGAGCGUUCCAUUUCACAGCAAUGCCAAAGCUACUAAACUACAGAACUAAGAAGAAGAUUCAGGAAAAUGAAUUUAAAGAGGAAUUUAAGGACCCAAGUAACAGAGUAAACAGCCUCAUCACUAAUGAUGUAUUGGAGGAACUGAUGAAUAUUCAUGACCACUAUCAGAAAAUGAAGUGUGUCAUUUCAGCUGACAAAUCCCAGCCAGACAAGGCCCUGAGCUUGAUAAAAGAUGACUUUGUAGUUACUCUGAAAGACAUAACCUUGGAACAUCAGGAGUGGCAGCAGAACAGAAUGAAAUUAUUCCUAAAUGCUAAAGAAACUGAUGAAAUAUCAAACAAAAAGGAAGAAAGGACUUUGCUAGAAUCAGAGGGUUCUGAAAGAGCAAAUGCAUUGGCUAGAAUCAAAUACAGGUCUUACUCUGCAGUUGUUGAGGCUUCCAAAUCCAGAAGACAUCGUCAAGUAAAAUUGGAAUCUUCUGAAUCGGGAUCAAAUUGUGGGAAAUCUCCAAGCCAAAGUAAGAAAACCUGUAGAAGACCACAGCCAGCAAGGAGAAGAGAUUCUUUGGAAAUCGAAGGUGAAACGCAAGUGGCAAAGGAAACUGUUACUCGGCAUAUUGGGAUGCCUAUAAUCACAGAAGACGAUAACUCAGAUGAAGAAGAAGUAUCUCUCCCCAAGAGGAAAAGAAGGUGUUAG